GAUGUUCCCUCACCGCUAGCGUUCGUGUUUUAUUUUUCUCAACUCAACGGCUGAAAUAACGGUUGAACAAUGGCGAAGAGUGUCGGUGGUGCGUGCGCGCAAAUUGCGAUCCUUUUGGCCAUACUCUGCGGUGCAUCGGGCCUGUCAAAACGGGAUACAUACGAGAUUCUAGACACAAAGCUCCCGGUCCUUGAUACAUAUGGGGUGGUGCCACUUCCAACGGAUCAGCUGCACCGCCAGAGGCGGGCCCUUGCGGUGGAUGCGAAGGCGGUGGAGACUAAGGGCGAGCCCGUCAAUGCCACUGCGGAAGCGGGAGCGGCAGUCGGAGCUGCAGCUGGAGCCGGAGGUGCGACUGCUAUGACCAUGGUGACCACCGUGGACAACAAGACAGCAGUCGGCGGCAGUGUGUCCUACAAUGUGCACAAGGUCGGAGUCAAUGGCACCGGACAGCGCAAGACAUACAGCGACGUGGUCGCAACUCCGUCCGCCAUUUCCAACAUUACUACCAACCCAAUCAAUGUGGCCAACAAGAAGCAGACCCUGUUGGCCCAGUCAAGCUAUCCAAAGAAGGUGGCACCAUCCGCCGUCGUAGCCACCAGCAGCACGGAUAGCGCGGCGGCGGACAUUGACGUGGAUGUGGCCAAAGUAGAUGUUCCCGAGGACGAGAUCUACAAGGCGGAGAAGAACGCGUCGGUGGUGCGCAGCGAGGAUACCCACGAAUACUACAAGAGCGUGCUCUAUGUCAGCGACGAGGAGAUGGCUUCGCUGUGGGAGGAACUGAAGAAGACGCCCAAGAACGAUAUGCUCUCUUCGUCCCAUCGACGGGCCAUGACCGUGGAGCUCAAGUUCGAUUUUCCCUUCUACGGCCACUUUGUGCGCAAUAUCACGGUGGCCACCGGCGGAUUCCUGUACACCGGCGAGUACGUUCACUCCUGGCUGGCAGCCACCCAGUACAUCGCCCCACUGAUGGCCAACUUCGACACGAGCAUGUCCAACGACUCGUUUGUCCGAGUCCAGGACAACGGGACCGCCUUCACCGCCGUGUGGGAGAAUGUGACGCUGCAGGAUAAGCCGGAUUUCGGCAAGUUUACGUUCAGCGUGACACUGCACCAGAGCGGCGACGUCGUCUUCGCCUACUGGCAGGUGCCCACGCAUAUUAACUCUAUUCAGGACAAGGAGCAUCCGGUCAAGGUGGGCCUCUCCGACGCCUAUAUCAUUGACAAGCAGCUUUACUUUGUUCGCCGAAAGACAAUCUACGAGUACCACCGAGUCACCUUCCAGCAGCAUGAGAUCAUCAACAACACCAUCAUCAAGCUGACGGCCCAGCCCACCUGUCUUGGCUACAGUGACUGUAAUGCGUGCAUCAACCACAAUACUACGUUUACGUGCCUCUGGUGCUCGGCACUGAAUCGCUGCUCCACUGGCACCGACCGCAAGAAGCAUGAGUGGAUCCAAAAGGGAUGUGAGACUGCCGCCAUCCGUGUGAACAGUUCGUGUCCGGCGCUCGGCGAGAAGGGAAAUAAUGCAGCCCAAAUGAAGGACGGAUCCGCCAACAGUGGUGCGGGCAGUGCGAGUAACCCCACGACGGCGCCCACCGGCUCCUCCACACCGGUGACGGAGCCCACCGUUAUUAGUACGCGGGCACCGCAUGCCACCGCCCAGUCGAAGCCGGAGAUGGAGGCCGCCAGUGGCGUCCAUAUGGACGGCAAAAUCGGAACAGCCGAUCUUUCGCAUGCGGAGGCGGAAAACAAGAGCGUGGGCGUAGCCUUUGGCUUCAUGGUGCCCAUCUGCCUGGUGUUCGCCGUGACGCUGUGGCUCUUCUACGCGUACCGCAAUCCGCACACCAAGAGCGGCCAGCUGCUCAUCCAGUCCAAGCAUUUACACCAGUUCCGUCCCAGCCAGUGGUCAUGGAGGCGUGGCGAGGCCCGCUACACGGCGGCCACGAUACACAUGUAGGGGGUGAUCGCCGGAGACGUAGAGGGGUACAGAGAUCGCGAGACGUGGGAGGGAGCUGCAGCUAUACCGACGGAGAACCAACCAACCUAACCCCAACCCUGAUCCCUGAUGGAGCAGUGUCGUGAACUGGGAACUGAUUUUUACAACACGAACUACACACCAAGGAACCGAGGAAAGUGCCAAGAGCAUUCCUGUCUUUUUAAUUCAAUUUUAACACGUUUGUAAUGUGAAGUUCUAUGUCCAUUGUUCACAAGUCAGAUGAUAGAUUUUGAACUGAUUGUUGAGAUUUAGCUCAGAACGCUGCCGAAGAUGAAACUAAAAGCAAUCUGAAUACAUAUAUAUAUAUAUUUAGUAGUUCCUGAGUCCCAGUCCCCCGAAACCAACUGCUCAAAACCAUAAUAUAAAGCAAAAGAGAAGAAACAAGACAAAAAAGACGACUGGCAACAGCAUGAAGUGAUCCUGUUAAUGUAUCUUUUUUACCUUUUUACCGUAUCCGUAUCCGUAACCGUACCGCCUGCCCCAAGGAAAAACAGCAUACCCCCGAAGACAACUAUGUAUAUUGUAUAACUCUCAGACCAACGGCUCCCACCAGGCCACGCACACAUACCUUACACCUUACACCAUAAUAUACCCUAUACCUAAUACCCAAAGCACCUUUAACACACACACACACACACAACACACCACUGACACAGGGCGAAGUGCUUUCAAUUGUUUCAUAGUUCAAUUUUUUUGUUUAGGGUUUUUUGUAUCUUACUCUGUAAUUCUGUACUCCGUACUCUGUACUCUACCAACGAGCCUGAAAAAAUGAAGACCGAGGAAGGGCUGUAUAUUUUUUGUGUGCGUGCGCGUUUUGCUGGACUCUUCGCCAAAAGUUCUUCCUCAUUCUGUGUAAUUUUUUUUGUUCGUUUGUUUUAUUUUAAGUGUGUGUAGCUUGGGAAGCAAUUACGGGAUAAAUGUAUUACUGUGAACACUCGGCGCAGUUUUUCAUACUGUAUUAUACGCGAUUUGUAUGAAAGUUUUAUGUGUGUAUAUGCGUGCACGGAAAUCACAUUUGUUUUUUACGAGCACGCAUCGCCCCUAUUCUAUAUAUACAGAUAUUCUUUAUAUAUAUAUGCAUGGAGUACACAUGGAUAUAUCCAAGACAACCUCUUCUUUUUGUUAGUAUUUUUUUCUAUUAAUUAAUAUUACAAAUGAAAAUGAAAACCAAGAAAAUAAACUUAUAUAUACAUAAAAGAAUAUAAAAAUUAUAACUGAAAGCGGUGUGCAAAGCUAAACUAAAUACAUAAUUAACUAAGUAAGGGAGAUUGGAACAAGGAGUGGAGAUUUAAACAUGUAAUAUCAAUAACAGAUUUAACAGAACCGCAUUAAAACCCCAAGCAUGCAAGCGACAACAACUAAGAAAAUUGUAUAACAAUGUAUUUUGAUAAAGAAAUUAAACUUGUAUUUUAAGCUCUUCUUAUGUAUACAUGAUAAUUUAAAUAAAAAAAACACUCGAAAAUGAA